CUGGGGUGUCCUCCCUGGCAGCGGGGGCAGUUAUACUGGCAUCUUGGAGGUAGAGGCCGGGAAUGCUGCUGAACCCCCCGCAAUGCACGGGGCGGCCCAUACCACCACACAGUAUCCAGCGGCCACUGUCUGGAGUGCGCAGGUGGAGGAGCCCUGCUAAGGGGUCCGGCUGCCCAGAGUGACCCCGCAGCACGGGCAUCUCCUGGGAGCUGCCUGGCCAUGCAGAACCCCAGGCCCCAUCCCACACCUGCUCAUAUCAGAAUCUGCCUUUUAACCUUAGUGCCUGAAAGUUUGAGAAGCGCGCGUGGUAUGGGUUUGAAGGAUUAUCACUCUUUGUACAUGCACUAAACAGUCUGAUAGUCGAUCGGGGUAGGCACGAGUUUCACCAGCAAAGACGGAUUCAAAGAAGAAAACGCUCCAUUUAUGAACUCAGGAGGGAACUGUCCUGAGCGCUCCCCAAAGCCUGACCUCUUAGCCUCCAGAAGGCUGCAUGCUUUAUGUGGACUGCUGACCUGGUGGAGGUGUACAUGCGUUAUUGCUGCAUCUCAUAAAAUCCUGCAAGAUACCGAACCGCUGUAUUCAGUGGUGUUUCAAGAAGUGUGUGCUCGCUAUGAGAAGGAUUUCACCUGGGAUGUGAAGGCCCUGGUUAUGGGCAAGAAGGCAUUCGAGGUGGCCCAGAUCGUCAUCGAUGUCCUGCAGCUCCCCAUAUCCACGGAGGAGCUGGUGGAAGAGACCCAGGCGAAGUUAACUGCAUUGUUCCCCACGGCCGGUCUGAUGCCAGGGGCCGAGAAGCUGAUCCACCACCUGCGGAAGCACAGCGUGCCCUUCGCACUCGCCACCAGCUCGGGGUCCGUGCCAUUCGAGCUGAAGACCAGCAGGCACAAGGAGUUCUUUGGCCUGUUCGACCACGCUGUCUUGGGCGACGACCCCGACGUGAAGAAGGGGAAGCCAGAACCAGACAUAUUUCUCACCUGUGCCAAGAGGUUUUCUCCUCCUCCCCCCUUAGAGAAGUGCCUUGUCUUUGAAGAUGCUCCCAACGGGGUGGAGGCCGCCCUCGCAGCCGGGAUGCAGGUGGUCAUGGUUCCGGAUAGAAACUUGCACCGAGACCUGACGACCAAGGCCACCCUCGUGCUGGAUUCCCUGCAGGAUUUCCAGCCUGAGCUCUUUGGCUUGCCACCCUACGAAUGAGGGGUCCUCAGUGCCUCUCGGGGCACCACGCCCCCCCGUGCUCACUGGGGUGACCCACCCUGCUCAGAAAUCACAACUCCCACAUCUCCACGUAAAUGGUCAUUCCAGCCUGUGACGUCAGCCUUCUCAUCCCCGGUGGGCCUGGCCUGCUCUCUAAAGUGGGGAAAAUCUGUACCUUGACAGUUGAGAAAUCAAAGCAGAGACAGCCCAGAACAGAGGUCAAAAUUGUGAUUUGAAUAGUCAUAUAGUAUUUGAAUAAUCAUAUAUAAUAUUUGAAGAAUCCUAUGAUUGUAUUUGAAUAAUCAUACAAUAAUCAUACAGUGAAUCUACUUACAUACAUACAUGUACUUGUAUGUGAGUACGCAUAUGCGUGUACGUGUAUGUAUGUAUACAUACUUUUCUAAGACAAAAUGAAAUUAUAUUUGUGCUCAAUUCUUUUUCUUUUUAGUUUUUCUAAACCCUGGCUGGAAAAUGUAAAAUAUGUAUACAUAUAUGUAUAUGCUUUUAUGUAUAUAUAUGUAUAUACAUAUAUAUUAUAUUUAUAUACAUUUUGUACUGCUUCACUCUUUCCAAAAAGUGUUGAUCUUAAUGUGCGAUAGCACCUCAUACACGUGAGAUGGUAAUUCUGUUUGGUUUGUAGUCUGAGUGGGAAAGCCAUGUUACGGAUGAGCCCUUGAGACAUCAUGCUCCUUAUUAGAAAACACUGAUAUUCUUUUUGUGUCCUCAAAAUAUCUCUGGACCUCUGCUCAGAAACUACCUCUGAACCAUGUGUCAUCAAUAGUUUCUUUUUAGUGUGAACAAGAUGGUAGCCUGUAUCUUGCAUCUAGGUGCAUAUCCACCUCUGAGAAUGUUUUCUACCUCAAAGAAAUGAUUUCUGUCUUGUCAGAACAGUUAUUUUUCUAACACAGUCUCUGAUGCAAAUAUAAUUUUAUUUCAGAAUGCAUACUUGCUACGACUAGACCCAUAGCACAUUUUCGGAGUAAUUUACCAGACAUUACACUUUAGUGAUUAACGCUUUUUAAUAGAGUUACUCAGCCUUUUGUAAUGGGAAAAUUGUGAAAGUCGUCAAAAUGGAAAAAAUGCAAUCACGGGGUAUUCCCGCUUGGGGGACCCUUUCUCUGUCAUUGUCAUUGAACUAAUCGUCAACUCUGUGAGUUAUAGAAAAACCACAGUAAUGUAAGAGAUGAUCUGGUGGGAUGAUUGUUUGUCGAUGCUUGCCUCUGGCUGUUGACCAGUGUUUCAUCAG